UCUGUCUUCUCUUUAGAGCAGCGGAGACUCCAGAAGAGCCUGGAUGUCGGCCUGGCUAGUAGACAUGGCCAGUGGGUGCCCAAGUGCCAGGCCAAGAAGGGAGAGCCUGCCGCCACACCCUCCCUGGGGGCAGCACUCCACCAGGAGCCCUGGAGAGUCCAGAGCAACCUGGCCAGCCCUGGCCCUGGCCCCAGCCCAGGCCUCGCCCUGAUGGACACCACCGGCCGGCUGAUCAACUCACGCUUCCAGCAGCAGCGCAAUCUGCAGCCCCUGGGCGGGAGGCCCCAAGGGAGAGCCCAGCAGAGUAACCUGAGCCUCAGGGGGACUGACCCCCACCUCAGGUCGGAGCCCCAGGAGAGCUUCCAGCCCCAUGUGACGCCCUGGGGAAGCCCCCUACCCCAGUGGCCACUGAUUCGUCCAUCCGCCAGCCUGAGGCGGUCCCAACUGCUGGCCAAAGAUACCGCCUGCCCAGAUGUCAUGCCCAAGGCAGGCCUGGCCCUUCUCAAUGGACACACAUGUCCAGACCCCAUAUCCUGGUGUGGCCUGGGGAGCUGGACCCCUAGGCUCGAAGGGGAACCCCUCACCCUGGAGGACCUGGCCAUCCCCACCCAGAGCCAGGCUUGCACCCCAUCCCAAGCUGCCAUCCACCAGCUGCUGGCCUCUGUGCGACGCCUGGAGCAGGAGGCGGUCCGUCUCAGGUGCUGGGCAUCCCGGGAGCCUCCAGGCCCCGCACGGCGGGAGCCCUGGACUAGCGCUGGCCAGGCGUUCCCUGCUCACCCCCAGCCCAGCCAGCCUGGUCCUGCUUCCUGGGAUGAGAGGAAGAAACACCGCCCAACUCUCAGGGAAACUGCGGGUUUCCUGGGGAUGCCCCGGGUCCAGGGUGGGCUCACAGACGCUCCAGCAAGCAGCAAGCCUACAUCACUGGAGACCGCUUUGGGGAUGCUGACUGGGGAUGCCCUUGACCCUGAGCAGGGAGUCCUUCCUGCCCACCCCCCAAGGCGCGGAGAGAAGUGCUCCUUAGGAACUGCAUACGGCAGGGGGCAGAGGGGUGACCCCCUGCUCCCUCAAGGGGCGGGCAGCAGUGAGGCCAGACUCUGCUCUCCAUCCUCCUCCAGUUCAGCCCCCGGCGUCCUCCAAGGGCGGGAAGGAGGGGAGGGAACCCCGGGGGAGCAGGUCAGUAGGGAGGAAGAGAGACCGGCUUCCUGUCCGCCAGACACGGCUCCUGUGAAGAGUGUCCUGCAGAACAGAGCGGGACGCACUGCGGACCCAGAGUCUGAGACAGCCGGCCCAGGGAGACUGAGGGAGGAGCCAGGAACCCAGCUGUCUGCACUGCGUUCUGGGUGGAAGCCAGAUGGAGGAGACAGGGGAGUCCAGAUCCCGCAGCCUCUGCAACAGCUGGCUGUCUUCCUCCUGGAGUGCCUCCAGAAGGAAUGGGCCAGGCGGGAGAAGGGGGUCCCGGAAGAGGCCCCCGGGGCCAGGCUGAGGACCCAGAGGAUGGAGAGGCCCCCACAGACCUGGCACUCUCCUGCUGCACAUGCAGCCUGGGCAGCCCCACUGGACCCCCAGCAGCAGAGAGCCUGGCUCUGCAGGUGCUUUGGGGCCUGGCAGCGUUUCGUGCAAAGAGGGACGUGGUAUCGGGUCCACGUGGCCAACCGCCAGGCGGGGACCCUGAGGAUGUGCUUGCAGCGGUGGGUGCGGAUGAAGCAGCUCCGGGCCUCAGAUGGGGCGAAGGUGACCCAGCUGUCCCUUUGCCAGCCAAAGGCAGGGACCGUGGUUCUGCUCAGCUCAGCUGCUGCAGAGGCCACAACCCUGUGCCUGGGGAUGGUGGCUCAAGCCCAGACACUGCCCCAGGACCAAAGCCCUGGAUCUCUGCAGGAAGCCUGCCGGAGACGCGACCUCCACUGGGCACUGCUGCUAUGGAGGACAAGGUUCUCUCAGCGCCAGCAGGCCAACUCUUUCUUCCAGGACGUGCAGCAGCGGGCGCUGUGCCACAUCCUGAGGGGUUGGCGCAUGAGGACACAGGAUCCUGGCACCCUUCCUAGGACCACCUUGGCCCACGUACCGCUGGGCGGCAUCCAGGGAGGGGAGGCCUGGCGGGGCUGCAGCUCACCCCACAGCUCACUGGAGAAGGCUUCCAGGGCCCCUGCUCUCCUGGAGACGCUUCUGGUGAAAUUUCUGCGGACAGCUGGGCAGCGGCAGCAGGGGCGGUGCCUUCUGCUCUGGCAGGCGCGGGCCCAGCAGUCCCGGGGCGCAGUGAGAUGGCACCUGAGCACCCUUCAGAGGCGCAUCCUCCUUGGCUGGAGCCACUGGGCAGCAGCCCAAGGGGCCCGGAGGGAGCUGGCUGCCCGCUGGGCCCAGGAUCGGCGCUGCAGGGCAGUGCUGGGCCUGUGGUGGCGGCGGCUGGUACAGCAGCGGGAGGCAGAGCGGUGGGCCUGGGAGCGGAGCCGGAGACUGCAGCGCUGUGCCCUGGGCCACUGGCAUUCCUGCUGGCAGAGGCAGCAGCUCCUGCGUGAAAAGUACCAGAAGUGGGUGCAGGGCCACCUCUGGGGCCUUCGGGGGGCCGUGUUCCGGGGCUGGCGGCAGGCGGCCACUCAUCGGAGAGCCACGGCAGCCGGUCCACAGCAGGUCCUGAAGCAGAACCACUUCCAGGCCCGGGGUGGAUUCGUGAGAGACAUAAGGACCCUCCAGGCCACGUGUGCAGCCUUCCAAGAUGGCCUGAGACAGGCUCCAGGGGCCACAUCUGCCACGUGGUGGGAAACCCCAGUGGCCGCAGCCCGGCCUCAGGCACAGCGCGUGGCUCGGGCCUCCUUCUUCUGGAGAAGCCGCGUGCAGGGACGCCAGAUGGACGGGCAGCUGAGGAGGGCCUGGGCACAGCAGGCCUCUCUUGCAAGGGUCCUAGAGGCCUGGGCUCAGGCAGCAGCCCAGGGCCGGGUCCAGAGAGCCGUCAUCAUCCAGUUCCAGCAGGCUGGGCCCAGGCGUCUCCUGCGAACCCACUGGGCCCAGGGGAGGACAGCGCGGCUCAGAGUGUGGCUGGAACCAAAAGCGGAGGCCCGCACAGCCCAGCCCAGGCCCAGGGCUGCCCUCAGGCACUGGCCCAGGUUGGCCACCAGAGGGCGCCUCCUGGUGCUCACGACCCCUCCAGCCCUGGGAAAGCAGACCCGCAGCUGCAGGCCACAGCCCGCAGGGCCUGGGCUGCCCAGCCCAACCCAGCACCACAGCCCUGGUGGACAGAAGCAGCAGAAAGGACCGUCCUGGGCUCAGAGUAAGGAGAUCUUCCCUCCCGGGAUAAACAGUCUGAGAUGUGAGCUUGGAAUUAGCUUCAGGCUCCUCAUGAACCAGUUUGAUAUAUUCACUCUGUGUUUCCCUGCCAAUCUCCUCUUCUGGAAUUUUUUUUUUGGGGGGGGUCUUUUCACUCGUGGCAAUGUCUAA